GGCUGUUCCACUUUCACAAGCAUUUGCAAUAGCCCAAAAACGCGUGGGCAGAAUUUCUGUUCUGUUGAUUUGCUAUUAAUCUGUAUGAUACGCCUAAUGCCUACAAUUCACUCUUGAAGCCACGGAAUGGCAAAAAUCUAUUCUGAUGCAGCCCUUUUUAUGAAUAUCUGAUACUGGAACCGAUAACCAAGGGUAAAACAAUAGCCCGUACCGUCGAAAAAGACCCAUCUCAAUCUGAGAAUAACAUUUCUCGGAGUAGCAAUUUCUUACUCCAGUGUACCAUUUGAGGAUGAAUUUCAACAACAAAAAUUUUACUAAUUACACCAACCAACCAGGAGAAAGCUCUAUGAAAAGGAAUAAGUUUGAUACAGAUGGUGAACUUCCAACCAUUCCGAACUUUGGAAGUGGAACGUUUCUGAAUGUUGACGAAACUUUAAACUUAUUUUACAACUUUCCAAGCGAAGAGGAUUUGAAUAUUAUGGAAGAUAUGAUCAUAAUACCAGAUAUUAUAACGCCUACCCACACCAGGAAGGUACAUGACAAUGCUGACCAUCUGAUUAAUUUCAAAGAUGAGUCUUACGAUUUGUCUAUGUUUAAAGCGUAUCCAGAGAAUGCAACCAGUAUACUCCAAUCAACGGCACCUGACCUCAAUUUUCUAAUAUGCAAUUCACAGUCAACUAUCCAUACUGCGAGAUCUCUUCAACAUAGAGCAGCAGAUAGGGGGGGCAUUCUACAAGAAGCUGAUACCCCAGUUGAUGAAUUGUGUUUGGAACAUGUAGCUUCCACAGCACCGAAUACAGUCAAUCUUUCCACCGUGAUGGAUCUCUCUAUGCACGAAGCUACCAUCCUUAAUACCCAUAUUCCAAAUAUAGGAAGAAACAUUCUGACGGAUGAGUCGUUGAUGGUGGAUUGCCAGACCUACACCGACCAGUUCCCAGCGCCAUCUUUUGCCUCAUACACAAACUCCAAUAUGAUGGCAGCUACCCCGAUAGAAUUCCACCAUGGUCAAUUCAAGCCUCACACAUCGCCUAAGAAUAGGGUACGGUUUCAGGGCGCUGACGUCGGAAGCGUAGCUACAGUACCGUGCACUUUCUUUCAUCCUGUAAUCUGGGGAGUUAUGGAGCACGAAGAAGCAUCCUCCACGACUACUUCAUCACUACCAAUAUCUGAAAUCUCCUUUAAAAUAUCUCCAGAUGUCCAGAGAAGAGAGACAAGUUCGACUGAUACGGAGAGAUCUUUGUCCUUGGGCGAAUGCAUGCCUCAUACCAUAAUGAUUGGCGAAGGCUCGACUGGAGCCUGGGGGAACACCCAAACUUUGCCCCUCAGCAAAAUAUCUUUAUAUGACCCGGAUGGGGUUGAUAUCACAAGCUCCUUACCUCUUAUUAAGGCCAUUGGUCCACGGAAAUUUUCUAAGGGGGCACCACAGGUAGCGGAGAGAGUCAUGGACACAGUCCAAGCGGAAUGGAAUGCGUGUGACGAUUUCGACCAUUUUGGUAUAACAAAAAUCCGAACCCAGAAUAAAAAGAGGCGGCGUAAGGCAGUAGAUCAGGUCAAGUUCAGACCGGUGUCGAUAUUUACUGCGUUGGGGAAAAAGGUGGACAAAAAGUACGAGGAUGUAAUUCCUCCAACAUCAUGUUUUGGAUUAUUGAACAUGCGACAGCAAAGAGCAUGGUCAAGGCGAUGCCCAAUUGCAAUGAAGCAGGGAUCAACCAAGUCCACACAGGGAUGACAGCUGCGGAAAGAGUAAAUGAGGAAGGAUUUUUAAAUACAUUAUUUAUAAUACUGCAGAUUCAUAGAGCUCGGGUGUUAUGGC